GUGCCGACCGCCGCGCGAAUCACUCGCACGCCGUGCAGCGCGCUCACGUUCGCGACUCGACUCGUGCUACCCUGUGUACCUGUGCCCUGUGUUAUACCCCUGAAAGUACGUAAACAAAACACACUAACUUACCUGUGAAAGUGCGGUCCGGAUUUAUAUUGGAGCGGCAUCAAACGCGUGCGUAUUGCUUGUUUGUUGCGAGUGAUAGAAUCUGUUGCAUUCUGCAGGGCGCUACCAGUGAUCAAGUCCCCCGUACCAGCAUGUAGUAGUCAGUGAACGAUAAAACCACAAAUUUUCACUCGCGUUUUAAAUAAAUUAAAAAUGGCCGACGUUCUCGAAAUCGACCCCGUGGACGAUGACCUCGGUUACGAUUACGAGACGACAAAGAUCCCCGACAUCAUUGCUCCAGACGAGAUGAUUGAGUCUGGUUACCAGGAGGGGUCUGAACAAAGUUAUGGGGAUCGUAGGGAUUCGAAGGAAGGUUUUGGGGGUGAAGGUGACUCUGACAGUGGCGUGGAUGGGGUGAGCAGUGGCUGUAGUGUAGCAGAUGACUGUCCCGUGGUGUCGAUCAAUGAUGUGGUGGCGUAUUACGAUGACAUUCGUCCGAGGCGGCGGCAUGUACCGCAGCUCAGCUUCUACAACGUGGACAUCGAGCGCCUGGCCAUGGAUGCUCUCGUUCAGAGCGAGUCGAGCUACACUUCAUCAGAAGAGGGCUGCGGUGGAGGCGAGCGUCACGCCGUGCUCAGCUACGAGCAAGUGCGGCGGCUCAACGACGUGAUGGAUGAGGUGGUGGCCAUCCACGGCCGCGGCAACUUCCCCACGCUGCAUGUGCGCUUGCGCGAACUGGUGGCGGGCGUACGCGCGCGUCUCGAGGCACCGCAGACUGCGGGCGGCGCUGGCGUCAAUGUGCGUGACGUACGCCUCAACGGCGGCGCAGCCAGCCACGUGCUGGCCGACCGGCCGCAGCCAUACUCCGACAUCGACCUCAUCUUCACGGCCGAGCUGCCCACCGCACGUCACUGCGACCGCGUCAAGGCCGCCGUGCUUGGACACCUGUCCACCCUCAUGCCACCUGCUACACCGCGUCGCCGCGCUUCGCCAGCUGGCCUCAAGGAGGCCUACGUCUCAAAGAUGGUUCGCGUGAAUUCGGACGGUGACCGCUGGUCCCUCAUAUCCCUCGGCAACUCACGCGGCCACAAAUCUGUAGAGCUGAAGUUUGUCGACACAAUGCGUCGCCAGUUUGAGUUCUCCGUCGACUCGUUCCAGAUUGCUCUCGAUUCGCUCCUCGCGUUCCACGAGUGCGCUCAACUGCCCAUUGGCGAGAACUUCUACCCAACUGUCGUUGGCGAGUCCGUAUAUGGGGACUUCAAUGAGGCUCUGAGCCACCUCGCUGAGAAGCUGAUCGCGACGCGGCAGCCUGAAGAAAUUCGUGGCGGCGGUCUUCUAAAAUAUUGCGCCCUACUUGCAAAGGGCUACCGGCCAGCACGGCCAGACAAAAUUAAAACCCUUGAGCGCUACAUGUGCUCAAGGUUCUUCAUCGACUUCCCUGAGCUCGGGCAGCAGCGUGCUAAGCUCGAGGCCUACCUGAGGAACCACUUCGUUGGCAGAGAGGAGGAAGCUCUGAAGCAUAGGUACCUGACCCUACUGCACGGCGUGGUGCGCGAGUCCACGGUGUGCCUGAUGGGGCACGAGCGGCGCCAGACGCUGGCGCUGAUCGAGGCGCUGGCGUGCCGCGAGCUGUGCGCGCGCGCGCCCGUGCUGCUGGCGCCGCAGUACUACGUGUGCGUGUGCGCGUGCGCGGCGUGUGCGCAGUGCGCGCAGUGCGUGGCGUGUGCGCAGUGCGCGCCGCCCGCGCCCUACUGCGACUGCUGCCACGCCGCCUCGUGCCCGGCGUGACCGGAGAUCCUGUACGACCGACGAUGAAUUUAGUGCCAAAUGUAUAUAAUACGGAUAAAUGUAUGUACGCGUAGGAGCGGGCGGCGGCGCCCCGCCGCGUCAAGUUGCUCACUGUCCGCCGAUCAAUUCGCUCGUCAAUUGUCCCGCGAGCUGGCUGUCGGGCCGGCCCGCGGCUCUCGGCCCGCCGCGACGUGAAGUAAUUUCUAGUCGUACUCCUUUCGUGUUGAUAACUUAAUAUGUUAGCAGUACGAAAAUUAUCGUUCACGUGGAUUGUGACGGACGCGCCGCUAGAUAGUGAGUCCGAGUCGAUGGUCUGCCUAUAUAAAAAGACUAGUUAGUUAUUUUUAAGCUUUUACGUAUAGAAGUCUCCAUAAAAGUAGUGGCAUGUCUCUCGCCGUCGAAAUAUCACGGAGAAGCGGACGGUCGGAUACGAGUUUUAUUGCUAACUGUAAGUGAGAAAAUUUAUUGCGAG